AUGACCACAGCAGCAUACCCGGCGGCCACCCUGACCGAGCUUCGAGGAGAGCCUGCUCACUCCAGCCUCUGGCCGAACUACGGUGGCUCUUCACACUUAUCAAACCGCCUCGGAAGCAUGGAUUCAUCUAUCCACCACGGCUCUUCGCAGCCGCACCUCUCAACCCGACCUCGAGGGGACCUGGAUCAGUCCUACUCUUAUUCCCGAUAUUCACAGGAUGAGCCUGCCUCUUACGAACGUCCAAGUUCUUACGCGGGUCUGAAGCGGUCUUUCUCCCAAACCGAAACUCCAGCCUACCAGGAGAUCGUUCACGAUAUGAGGGACGAUGGCUCAAGGCUCACGGUGAACCAGGAUCACAAGUUGCUUUCAUUCCGACGCUCCCAAGACAAGUCUACUAUUGUUGAUCAGCAAGGCCGUGUACAGCAGCUUGAAUUGUCUGCCCAGCUCCAUGGCAUGUUUUUCUUAUCUGAAAUGCCCGCCAGCAGCACAGAUGGGUCUGUUUUGCAGCCUGAGCUGACUUGCUAUCGUCGAAACUUGUUCCAGAUAAGCGGCUCGCUCGUCAUGCCACGCGGACAACUGUCCGUCGUGACAGAGUCCAACGAAACCCUUCCCGUCAGCAAUAUGGAAGUGGCAGUGUCUGCCAUAGAGUCUGUGGAUGGGAACCCAGUUCGUCUCAUUGUGAUUCCGUGGAAGACUCCGCCACCAAACUCCCCCGAGAUCAGUCAGGGGCCUGAUCAAGAGCCGGCUCCCUUGCCUCUCAUCCCAUUCCAAGAAGAUGGAAAUGAAACGGAUGGUGAUUUUGCAGUCUAUCCCAUCGGUUGGCGUCGACUUCAAUUCAGAAUUGCCACUGCCAAUAAUGGACGUCGAAAGGAACUCCAGCAGCACUUCGUCUUGCAUCUUAAGGUGCAUGGCACACUGUCUGACAACUCCAAGGUUGUUCUUUCAGAAUCCAUAACCGCCCCAAUUGUGGUUCGUGGCCGUAGCCCACGAAACUUUCAAGCCCGCAAGGAAAUUCCGCUUCUAGGGUCCAGUGCGGGAUCGCGAGGUCAGGCGCUCGUCGAGACUGGCCUUGGCGUAGUUGCCAGCGCGAUUAGCCUCAAGCAAGACGGAAAACCCAGGAGUAUGGACAUGCAAGUUCCAAGAUCUGCAUUUACGUUCAGCCCUCCAAAGUCCCACAACUCAAGCAUAAACCCCAUGAGGUCCAAUUCGUAUCCUUCUUGGAAUUCUCAGGUCCCGUCAACAAUGGCUCCUGAUUCAUAUUCGAAAUUGCCGCUCUCUGGGUCGUCGGGGUUCGCCACCGAGCCGCAGGAGUUGCCACUGCAGACCUCGAUGGGUUCGUCAGUGCCGCUUCCUCUAGCGACAGCAGAUCAAAGCCAGUCAGGCAUACGAUCCCAGUACAACUACACGACCACAUCUACGCCACAACUGGCUGGAAGCACUGUCACUAUUGGACCAGACAGCACAUUCAGCAUGCCUAGAUACGUUGAUAGCAACCCAAGACCGCCGUCCAAGAGUCCUCGACACCAUGGCCACCAGUCAGUUCAUAGCAACGGCUCCAUUCACAAUGCGGAUGGACCUGACUACCGAUACGGUUCUUUCCGCGGAAUGACCAAUGGAGUAGGGGAUGUCUCGCCAGGUGGUAACGCAGCCCCGUCCAGGGACUACUAUCCGUCCGCCAGUACCUGGACAACAACUGCUGCAGAACCAAGUCCGAGCCUCGCUUAUGCCGGUAAUGACGGCAGAUCUUACUCGGGGGUACCUCCGUUGAAGCAUGAGACUGCUCCGUACAGCAGCAGCACUCGUGGCUCAUUCGAUACAAUGAACAACUACUCCUGGACGGCGGCUUAA